UAUCCCAGACCACCAGUCCUUUGUCCUCGUCGGUUAAGUGGUCUUGUUGGGAACCGGUGGCUGCUGGGAGCUGUAGGUUUCCUGACGUAGCACUUGACUUUGAGAAAGCUACAGAAAUGUUUCUCAAACAUUUUUUAAGCCGCAGCUCACAGUAGGAAAUACAUUUUACAUCCCCACAUAUGUACCUACCUAACACUUUUCAGAGAACAGUGCUUGCACGUGACAGCUUCUAUUUACAAAACUAACCGGAUAUCAUGACCGGUGGGGAGCUCAUGACCUGUGGCUUGACAAACACUGGUCUGAAGCAUGUGAGUCAUUUAAUCAUUUCAGUAUCUUUGAAAAUGUCUUGAGACGGUGAGACUGGCAUAGAGUCUUCACAAGCUCAGCCCAGUGCUGAUCUCUCUGAGAUUUUUGUUUAAAUCCUUCAUCCUGUCAUUUCCUCUUUGGAAAGGAAAUUGACCUGUUAUAGGUGUUGCUGAUUCGCUGCUUGGGAGCCCCGAGUGGUCAUUGUCCGCAGGUGUGCGCCGCCCGCGGAAGGCCCGGGCUCUUUGGAAAGCUGUGUAGUUCCUGCGAGGCAGCAUUUGGAAACCCAGCGCAUCUGCUGACAGAUUUCGUUUUUCUGCAGAGAAGACUAAAGUACUAUUUUGAAACGCUACCCUGUUUUUCCAUAGGGUGUGCUGAUCUCCAAACGCUGGACACCAUGCAGCCGAUGGAGAGGAAGAGGCAGGGCUACAUCCACGAGCUGAUUCAGACUGAGGAGCGGUACGUGGACGACCUGCAGCUGGUCGUGGAGGUUUUUCAGAAACGGAUGGCAGAGUCAGGCUCUCUCACCGAAGGAGAAAUGACCUUGAUCUUCGUUAACUGGAAGGAGCUCAUCAUGUCUAACACGAAGCUGCUGAAGGCCCUGCGGGUUCGGAAGAAGACUGGGGGCGAGAAGAUGCCGGUGCAGAUGAUCGGGGACAUCCUGGCGGCCGAGCUGUCCCACAUGCAGGCCUACAUCCGGUUCUGCAGCUGCCAGCUCAACGGAGCCGCUCUCUUACAGCAGAAGACCGACGAGGACACGGACUUCAAAGAAUUUUUAAAGACCCAUCUUAUUCCAGAAAGAAUACAUAAUAGCUUACUGAAGUGUAUAAAAUGUAACAAGAUAAAAUAAAACUUACAAUGAGUGGAUGAAUAAGGAAGUGUGGACAAGAGGAAAUGGUGAUGCCAGGAAUUAGGAUAAUACAUAAAACGCAUGUCUGUGACCCUAUACAUAUACUGGACAUGUACACAGAUGUCAUUAAACCUUCCAGAACGACUGGUUCCUGGUGCUGUGGCCAUAACUUACAAGCAGGCAGUGCGUGAGCAGAGAGCUGCACUGCACUCUGCACUGCGCAUGGUACAAUGAGUCAGCGGCAUCCCUGCAGUGACACAGCAGUGAGCAAAAGUGGGGUGGGGGUUAUAACCCAAUAGCUCUUACAAUAUAGUUGUUAAAGUCUUAAUUUAAAAAUAGUGAAUAGAAUUUAGCAUCAUAUGGAAAGAAGAGUCUAUCACAACCAAAAAGGUUUAUCCCAGGAGGCAAGAAAAUAUGCUUAGAACAAGAAAGGCUUCAGAAUGGGACAGCGAGGUUGCAAUCCCCGCCCCACCCACUGUCCAGUGGGUGACCUGGGUAAGUCAC